AUGAAACCACCAGCUCUAUCAAUAUCAUUAUCAUCGCCGGUAAAUCAGAUGGUAAGAAGAGGUCGUGUAUCAACACCGUUCAUCUUCAUUUUGAUUGGUUUCAUCAUCUUGGUAGCCAUUUUAUACGGUCAAGAUUUCUCCUGCACUUUAUCUCAUUUUGAUCAUCAUCAACACCUUACAACACUCAAUCAUUCCCCUUCAAUUCCCAAACCUCGUUCAAACUUUGUGGAGAGGAAGAAGAAAUGGAGGAGAGAGAAAACGGUGCCGUUUGCGGUGGGGAAGACGGCGGAGAGUUGUAAUAUAUUCGACGGAAAAUGGGUUAGAGAUAAGGAGAGUAAACCAAUGUAUGAAGAAUGGGAAUGUCCAUAUAUUCAACCUCAGUUGACUUGUCAAGAGCAUGGUCGUCCAGAUAGAGAUUAUCAAAACUGGCGUUGGCAACCUAAUGGCUGUGAUCUUCCCAAAUUCAACGCAACCUUAAUGCUGGAGGCUCUUCGAGGCAAAAGAAUGUUGUUUGUUGGCGAUUCUCUAAACCGGGGUCAGUAUGUUUCCAUGAUCUGUCUUCUUCAUAGAUUGGUACCUGAAGAGGGCAAAGUAAUGGAAAGCUCUUACUCUUCAUUGACAGUCUUCAGACUAAAGGAUUACAAUGCAACUAUAGAGUUCUACUGGGCGCCUUUCCUGCUAGAGUCAAACUCUGAUGAUGCUGUUGUACACAGAAUAGCAGAUAGAAUUGUUCGCAAAGGAUCUAUAAAUACACAUGGAAAACAUUGGAAAGGUGCUGAUAUUGUAGUGUUCAACACAUACCUCUGGUGGAUGACUGGUCUUCAGUUCAAGAUCUUAAAAGGGUCUUUCAAAGAUGAGGUGCCAGAAAUAGAAAUGCUUUCUACCGAGGAUGCUUAUCGGAUGGCAAUGAAGAGCAUGUUAAAAUGGGUUCAGAGAAACAUGGACCCAAAGAAGACCAGGGUUUUCUUCACUAGCAUGUCACCAACUCAUUCCAAGAGCAUAGAUUGGGGAGGUGAGGAAGGUGGCAACUGUUACAAUCAAACAACUCUAAUAGACGAUCCUGAAUACUGGGGGUCAGAUUCUCGUAAAACCAUAAUGGAAGUUAUCGGAGAUGAGUUCAGAAAAUCCAAAGCACAAGUAACAUUUCUUAACAUCACCCAAUUAUCCAGCUAUCGGAAGGAUGCGCACACGCAAAUUUUCAAGAAGCAGUGGGGCCCCUUGACUCCAGAGCAGAAAGCAGACCCUAAGACCUAUGCUGAUUGUGUGCACUGGUGUUUGCCAGGAUUGCAAGAUACUUGGAAUGAACUACUGUUUGCUAAACUGUUCUAUCCUUAGUAAGAGGUCCAGGCCGGGCUGGUUUAUUUGCUAGUGCUUCUACGGUUUUACUUCUCUGAGGUUGGCUCAUGAAUGAAAGCAUUGUGAUGCCUUCCUCGCCAAGGUCAAGAACUCUGGAGACUAAAACAUGGAUUGGAGAUCUAGAAUGAAGAAGUUUUGUGUACAAAUUGAAGUGAAAAUGGUUGUGUAAAGAAAUAUAAAUGACUCAAAUUGAAUUAAUUCUUUGUACAUGAACAAUCAUGUAAUGCGGAAAGCUGCAGAAGAUGAUGACAAAAAGUUUUGAAUUUUUUUUCCAAGUGGAUAUUCAGUAGUUAAUUGUCAGAUGA